AUGGGUCGUCGCAAAAUUGAGAUUGAGUCGGUGAAAAAUCCCAACACAAGGCAGGUCACAUUCUCAAAGCGUCGAUCGGGUUUAUUCAAAAAAGCAAAUGAAUUGUCUAUUUUAUGUGGAGCAGAAGUUGCUAUAGUCAUGUUUUCUCCAGGGAAUAAGCCGUACUCUUUUGGUCACCCAGGAGUUGAUGUUGUUGCGGCUAAAUAUCUUCAACAAGAUCCUGAACCAAGUGACUCGGAAGGAGACCUUUCUUCUGAUGCUUCCAACAUGGACGAGUUGAAUCUGGAACUUGAUGAGGUGUUGGCCGAAAUCCGUGAAGGUGAAAAGCAGACUGAGACUUAUGAUGAGAUCCUGAAGCAAAAUGAAGUGACAACACUCUCUGGUCUUGAAGAAUUGAAAGAUUUGUAUAAAGAGUUUCAAGACAAGGUAAAGUUGCGUCUUAGUGAUCUUGAGAUAUCAGAAUGUAUGAUGCUUCUUGCUAAGGAGCCGGUGGUGGGGGUUAACACAAAAUCUGCAAAAAGUGAAUAA